CCAAUCUUCUCUCUCUAGGCAGGUGACAGCAAUUGGAUUAGUACUACAGGGAACAUCCAACUCCUGUUACCGCCUGCCUGUUCUUUGUUUGUUACUUGUUGUUUAUUGGUUUGUCUGUAUUGUGGGGAGCAAUAUGGCGGAAUCAGGGAAGGCUGAGGUAGUUGAGAGUUCUGGGGAGACACCCCAGGUUAAGCUUAAGAUGAAAGUGCAGCUUGUAACACCUGUACCGCCUGACCCUUUAGAGGCUGAACUGCGGGCCCAAGAGGAGAAACUCCGCUUGCAGGCCCAGGCCGUUGAGAACCUAAAGGCAGAGCUGAAGAGGAAGGAAGAUUACGCCCAGAAAGAGGCCAGGAGAAAAGUGUUGAUUGGAGACAUGGAGAGAAUCAUGAGCCUCGGUGUGACCAGUCAGGCCAGUAAGGACAUGGCAGAAUUCAUCCUGCUACAGGAUGAGAUUCACCGGUCCUACUUUACUAACUGGGAUGACCGAAUCUCAGGUCUAGAGACCAGUCAUUCAGCUUUGUCAAAGAAGUUGGAUGACAUCUCUGCGCAGCUGAGCGACAUUGCCAAACAGCGGCAGAUCACCCCUGUUCAGACUGUUCCUCCUUCUUCUGGCCCUUCUGCAGCACCUCGAACCAACCUGAGUGGGUUCAAAUGCGACGAGGAUGUGAAGGUGUCAUCCAUCCUGGCACGGCUGGAGAGGACUGCACUGAAAUGGUGCACCUCUACUUCCAGCAAGCAGGGGAUGGAGAUGGCUGAUUGGGCGCAGAGGUUGGGGGUGGCUGGAUUUCUGCAGGCCCUGCACGACCGGUUUGCAGACAAGGAGCAGGCAAGAAAGGCUGCAGAUAAAAUUUUGCGCCUGGUCCAGAAAAAGUUUGAGGGCUCCUUGUCCAAACUGUAUUCCACCUUUGAGAGUCUGACAUCGACUCCAGGGUUGGAGAUGAGUGAGCAGGAUCUACUCAUUCAUUUCCUAAGGGCAGCGCAAAAGCAAUUCCAGCUUGCUCUCGUCUCUCAGGGUCACAAGGACUGGAGGUCCUUUGGCAGAGCAGCCCUGGAUUUGGAAUCCAAGCUCCAUGUCCAGGAAGCACCUUCUGAAGGAAGGAAGGGGCCCUCCUCCAAAGGGCGAAGGAGGAGGAAGGGCGCCCUGUUUGCUGCUGCAGCGUCUGGUUCUGAUAGUGACGCAACAUCCCAGGGUGGGAGCCCUCCACCUGGGACUGCAUCAUCAUCAGCUGCAGAUCCUGUUCUUGCCCUGGCUGAUGCUUUGAUGGGCUUGGCAAAGGGAAAGGCCCCAGCCCAGAAAGCACCAACCAAUCGCCAGGGGAAAGGGAAGGGACGUGCCUCUUCCCCUGGGGCCCAGAGAGUACCUCUACCACGAGACGUCCGCUGGCCAGCUGACCCACUUGAUCCUUCCACCUUCCCCUGGCAUGCACUCAGGAUCCAGGAGGGAGUUUGGAGGAAGAGGAAGGAUAAGGGGGUCUGCUUGAGAUGCGAGGGGGAUCAUUUCCUCAAGGACUGUCCCAGUAUGCCUCUUGCAUUGGAAGGGUCUUUCACUUUUGAAGACUCUGAGCUGGAUGAGACGUGGGAGGAGGACGAUGCUCAGACUAUUGCUGAUCUUUUCCUGUCCUUGCAGGAGAAGAAGAAGCACAAGUCUGAACUCAUCCUGCUUCGACCCUACAUCCUGGGAGCCAAGAUCAAAGGGCUCUUGGACUGUGGGGCUACUCGCAACUUCAUCUCCCCCAAGGCAGUCAACAAAUUGCACUUGGAUCAGAGGUUGGUGAAGCUGCGACAACCAUUGGAAGUCCGCAUUGGGGACUCUUCCACAGUCAGGAUUACCACUGAUGUCAAGGGCCUACCUGUGUCCUUUGACAAGCAGGGGGAAGUCAGGCAUUGCCUGAACUUCUAUGUGUUCCCUAACGUUCCCUUUAACCUUGUCUUCUCUAUGCAGUGGCUUGGUGCCACCAAUCCUAGGAUUGACUGGCGGAUUCCUAGGGUUGAGCUGCCUGACUGGCAUGGGGUCUAUCGCCCUUGCAUACUCGUUGAUGAGUAUCAUCCGGCCAGCAACUGUUAUUGCAUGAGUGCUCGCAAGUUUUUGCGAUUCUCACGCCAGACUGACCACGUUCGUCUGUUUGUGGCUUAUGUCAAACAGACUGACGUGGAGACUGCUCCCUGUCCCUCUCAGAUUCAGCAGGUUGUAGACCAGUUCUCAGAUCUUAUGGAGGAGCCUACUGGACUUGUCCAUAGGCAGACCAAACAUAAGAUUGAGAUCCUGCCUGGCUCGGUCCCUCCCAAGGACCGGGUCUACAGGAUGUCUCCAGCUGAACUUGAAGACCUCAGGAAACAGUUAGAGACACUGACCAGCAAGGGCUGGAUCAGGCCCAACACAUCUGAGUUUGGGGCACCAGUCCUCUUUGUUCCAAAGGGGAAUGGUGAGUUCAUGAUGUGUGUGGACUAUCGUGGUCUCAACAAAAUCACGAGGAAGUCUACAAAGCCCCUUCCUCGCAUUGAUGACAUGUUGGAUAUGGUGCAGGGCUGCACUAUUUUCAGCAAGAUCGACCUCAAAUCUGGCUACCGCCAGAUUGAGAUGGCUGAAGGCGAUGUCCACAAGACAACCUUCAAAACUAGGUAUGGGACUUAUGAGUACCUGGUUAUGCCAUUCGGUCUUUGCAAUGCGCCAGGCACUUUCCAAACAGAGAUGCACCACAUACUGAGGCCUUACCUGGACAAGUCCGUAGUUGUCUACCUCGAUGACAUCUUGGUAUUCAGUCGUUCUGUCCAGGAGCAUGCGCAUCAUCUGGCUCUGGUCCUCCAGGCCUUACGUGCUAACCAGUAUAAGAUCAACAGGGAGAAGUCCUCUUUUGGAGUUCCCUCUGUAAUCUAUCUGGGACACGUGAUUUCUGGAGAGGGGUUGGCUCCUGAGGCAACGAAAGUUGCUGCAGUUCAGGACUGGCCGCGACCUGCUAACAUUCGUGAUGUCCGGUGUUUCUUGGGGCUUGCAUCCUACUACAGGAAGUUCAUUAAGAACUUCUCUGCGAUUGCAGCUCCCCUGACUGAUCUUACAAAGAAAGACACUUCCUUUCUUUGGACGUCAGAAUGUCAGGAGGCCUUUACACGUCUCAAGGAGGCCUUGAUUCGUGCCCCUGUUCUGAAGCUACCUGACCCUACUUUGCCUUUUGUACUGACUACUGAUGCUAGCCUGUAUGGUGUAGGGGCGGUACUUCAGCAAGAUAAUGGGAAUGGUCUGCAGCCUAUUGAGUAUAUGAGCAAGAAGAUCAAGACCAAGAAGCUGCAGGACUCAACCUAUGAGAAGGAGCUCUAUGCUCUUGUGUCAGCGCUCAAGCAUUGGAAGCACUUUCUCCUGGGCAGGCACUUCAAGAUCUUUUCAGAUCACUCCACCCUUCAGUGGAUGAAGUCCCAGGGAGAGCUGAAUGACAAGCUUGCUCGCUAUAUCCAGUUCAUUGACAUGUUUGACUUUGAACUGAGACACAAGAAGGGCUGCUACAAUAGAGUCGCAGAUGCCCUUUCUCGUAGGCCGGACGCUCUCUUUCUGAUCUCCUUUACUCACUCGUUUGGAGAGAGGACCCGUCAGACCAUUGCCCAGUUGCUGCCCUAGGAUGAGAUCUUUGGGCCUAUUGUAAGGAAUCUCCAGGACCAUCCUGCCUCUGAACCAGGAUACUCUUUGGUCUC